AUGGCUAACUCACUCAGUCAUAGGCGCAUCUACGAGACGAUGCUUGCCGAGCAGUGGGCAUGCGCGACGAUCUUUGAAGACGAUGCGACGCUCGCUGCGAACUUCACGACCAGGAUCGAAAGUGUUAUCGAUAGCAUCCCACCGUUCGAUGUUAUUCUCUGGGGGCAUUGUCCAGGUGGGGGCAAGCCCCGGCACGGGCCCAAGGAUCAGAGCUCAGUUCCCAUACUUAGAUACGGCUGGCCAGGUUCGUGCAUGCACGCUUAUACUGUCAGUCUUCAGGGCGCUCUGAUGCUGACACAAGCAAACAUGCCUGUCCACACGCCGGCUGACGGAGCCAUGGAUGGUUUUCACUGGCACAAAGAUCGGACGAGGUUGCAUAUCCAGAGGUCCGGCAGGGGUGGUGGCGACAUCUCUGGCUCCUACUGGUUCGCCACUCCGCAGCUGUCUUGGCAAGGCGCAGACAACUUGGAGGGAGGAUCUUGA